AGACACAAAUUGUGCACCAUUUUUCCACGCAGGUCGCCGCGUUUUUUCUAUUUCUCGAAGGUUUAAUAUGAUCAGAAUUUCUUCUAUCUUUGUCUGCAAACAAGGUGGUGGUGUUUGUAAUGGGAAUUUACGGCCCCGUGUGGAUUUUCCUGGGGGUCUAGACCAUUUUAUGCCGUUUCGGAAAGAUAAGGUGGUGUUUGUAGUGGGAGCAACCGGCACCGGCAAGUCAAGGCUGGCCAUCGACCUGGCAACCCGAUUUCCGGCGGAGAUUGUAAAUUCCGAUAAAAUGCAAGUUUACAAAGGCCUUGACAUAGUCACGAACAAAGUGACUGAAGAGGAGUGCCGCGGGGUGCCCCACCACUUAUUAGGCAUAAUUGAUCCUAACGCCAACUUCACCACCAACGAUUUUCUCCACCAUGCCCCAGUAACUAUGGAGUCAAUCACCAACCGAGACCGACUCCCGAUCAUCGCCGGUGGCUCUAAUUCUUAUAUUGCAGCUCUAGUGAAUCACCAUGCUGAAUUUCGAAUGAAGUACGACUUCUGUUUCAUCUGGGUCGAUGUAUCAUUGCACGUGCUUCGUUCGUUUAUAUCAGACCGAGUGGACCGGAUGGUGGAGGCCGGUUUAGUGGAUGAGGUGAGGAAAAUGUUUGACCCUAAAGCUGACUAUUCGCGUGGACUUCGGCGCGCCAUUGGGGUACCUGAAUUGGAUAAAUAUUUUCGAGUUGAAUCAAUCGUUGACGGUAGAACCCGAGCUCGGCUUCUCAAGGAGGCCAUUGCAAAAAUCAAGGAAAAUACUUGCAUAUUAGCUUGUCGACAAUUGGAAAAGAUCCGUCGGCUUGAGAGCCAGUGGGAAUGGAAUAUGCAUCGACUCGACGCUACGGAAGUGUUCCUAAAGCGGGGCAAAGAGGCCGAUGACGCGUGGGAGAAUCUCGUGGCAGGACCUAGCUCAAUGAUCGUCCGCCAAUUCCUCUACAAUGGAGAUUGUAUGCCCACCAUUGUAUCACCGGUUCCCUUGGCAGCAGUGGCUACAGUUGCUCGUUAGUGGUGGCUCCGGUAGAAUCUAUUUCACCAUCACUCCUGAUGACAU